CUUUACACUUGAGUUGCAACUUGAGUAUCUACUCUUUUACUCCCUUUUUAACACUUUUAAAUUUACACUUGAGUUGCAACUUUGCAUCGCGCCAUUUUAAAGCAUCUACCGUGCACACCCUUCAAAGUUCAACCACGGCUAGUACUGUGUCACUGGUUAAGUUUUGAGUGUAUAGGUGUAUAGGAUGAUACAUACUUUACCUUGCUGUUGAGUAGGAAAGAGCUCCUUGUGUUGCCAAUAGCUUGGUGGAGACGACGUGACUAACGAACCGCCGGUCUUUACCGGUAGAACUGAACAUAGCUUCCAGACCGCACAAUGGAGAGCUCUUGUUCUUUCUUUAAGUUUACCGGCUACGCCGCCGCAGUGGUUUGCGAUCCUUUUAGGAGGGGAAAAGCUAUAGGUUGCUCGGGUGUUUCAGGAGCCCUUGUCACUCGAUUUUGGCACCGUCCAAUGUCUGGGUCUACAAUUUUAGCUCUGCUUGCUUGAGCUAUUGCUGCGGCUGCAGCUGCAUCCUACCUAUACAAAAGUACUGUAGCAUUAAACUAAAAGCGGCAGUAAUAACUGAAACGAACACGCUGUUUGUGUCCGUCUGAUCCUACCCCGCACUCAUCGCUUUGGUUUGUUUUCUAUGUUUCUCUGACAAGGCGGUCCCGCAUGGCAGCGGCUGUAUUUGUUUUCUGCAUCUGCUAUUUGAUUUUUUUGGAAUCGUGGUCUUUUUAUUUGACCCCUUGCGGAUGAGGCCGACACCAUUUCGUCCCCUCCUUUCCCCUCUCGCUAAUCGUUUCGCUCUUGUUCUUAUCAACUGGUGGGCAACCAUAAGGCAAAGCUGACCACUAGUCGCAGCUGGUGGGCGACCAGCCAAGGGAACCAAACCGAGCAAACGAUCCGAGCUCUUUUCAUGCCAUGGCGCGCGAUGAAAACGGUGGUCGUCGUCAAUUCUGACCUAGUUCAGUGUGCUGCGAGAAGCCAACUUUGAUUCUUCAGGCACGCGAGUUCAAUUCGAUGCGCUCAUCCUGUUCGUCAACCAUCUGCGGGAGGCGCCUAAAGUCUUUGACCUCGUCCUCGCAAUACCGAAAGCUUCUUCUGGUUGCAGCCGUCAAGGAGAGAAACAACCGAAUGCUGACGCCAUGCUCUGUUUCCUGUACUGUUCUCGGCCCUCCUGUCUUGACCUGUGAGAAUGGACCAUGACCAUUGCAAAGGACUAAGAAACCACACUCGUCUAGUGUCUGCGACCAUUCGUUCGUAUAUCUUGCUCCUCUCCCCCCCUUUCCUCCUCGUUGCAUCGUUUUGAUCCAGCAAUGGCGCCUGCAGAGCAAAUGCAGCACCUGCACUUAGCACCACUCCUCUUCACCCUACUCCUCACAUCCCUUCCUCAUUGCAAGCCACAAUCCGACGCCUACUUCCGGUACACCAACUGUGCCCCAACACCUUACCGCUGCGGACCAGUCCAGUUCGACAUCGGCUACCCGUUCUCGGUGAACAGCGUGGACCGGCCGGACUACUGCUCAGUCCCCGGGUACCAACUCUCCUGCACAGACGCCAGCAAGCUGGUGACCACCAUGAACUCGUCCACCGGGUUGUUCCAGGUCACCAGCGUCAACUACGGCAACCACUUCCUCACCCUCAUCGACCUCGGCCUAGCCGAGCAGUCGUGCCCGCAGCCCUACCGGAACACCACCAUCUCCGACGCCAUGUUCGCGUACACCGACCGCGACCAGUUCCUGACGGCGUACAUCAACUGCAGCGCCACAUCGUCGUCUCUGCCUUUCGCGUUAGACGUCUUCUCUUGCCUGUCCGGGGGCCACUCCUACUACAGGCUGGACAACGGCACGGUGGCGCCGGACUUGCUGGGGUCGUGCACCUCGACCCUGGUUCUCCCAUUCAGCUCGUCCAUGGCGGGCUCGCUGGCCGCCGGGAACUCUAGCCUUGGUGAUGCGAUCAGAGGCGGUUUCGCCGUGCGGUGGAAGGCCGGUGUGGGGUGGUGUGGGGACUGUAGGGAUUCCGGUGGGUUCUGCGGAUACAACUCCAGCAGUCCUAGUGAUCACACAUGUUUCUGCCCUGCUGGUACAUCUAUUGGAUCAUGUCCGUCAGGUAUAUUCUGUCUUGGCUUCGAGAUCAAACUUUGAACAAGCUAAGGUUGAUGUCGUCAAGGCUGAUCUGUAGUUGAUCAGUAAAAGUAGUCUGAUUGAGACAUUUAAGCUCUAUCAUUUUGGUAUAGUAUGCAUAUAUAGUUCUGACCUGGUAUCUAUGAUUUUACUGGAGCUCCCGAUAGUUACCGAAUUCAAUCUUAGAUCGUGGUGGUAGGCCAUGUCGCCAUGACAUAUAUUAUUUUCUUUUCUCUGCGAGAACGCCAUGGCAUAUAUUUGACUCGAUGUGCAUUUACAUGGUUCAAAUGACCCGAAAUUGCUUACGCUGACUGAAUGGAAAUCAGGUUCCUCUUGAAUUGGUCGAAUACUUUGUCUUUGGAACCUUUUUCUUCUUUGAUGUUGUCACUUCACCUAAACACAUAGUUAAUUGUUGAGUAGAAGAUUAGUAUAGUAGUAGUAGCAUGUUAGGAGUAAUUAAGAUAAUGGCACAAGGCAAACUAAGUUCCCUUCCUGAAAGGAAAUCCAAAUUGGCUUUUCUCAUCUCCGCAACACGGAUGUUCCUAUAAAACGAUGGAAAUGAAGACCAGGACCUUGAUCAAUUUUUAUCUUUCUUUUUUUUCUUCUAAAUGCAGGCUUGAUGUCAUUGGUUGAGUAGCUUAUUGACAAUCAACAGAUUCUAACAAAGGACCUAACUAAGAAUGAGACAAAAUUGUAACCAACUUGCAUUGCAAUAAAACGUAACCCAUUGAGACUUUUGGCCUUUUGUAGCAAUAUAAACUUUUUUUUGGGAAAAAAAACGAGGUGAUUAUUGAUAUACUUGAU